GAAGAGGGAAAAACAGAACGAGAGAAUCCUAAAAACUGCAUCUGCUCCUCAGUCGGUAACUAACCAGCCAGCCAGUCAACCAGUCAACCAGACGCUCAGCUAGUAAGGCAGCCAGUCUACUACUACUACUACACUUUUUAGUUAGGAAACCUGUUUGUCAGACCCGGACUGGUUGAUCAGUCAGUAUAAGUCAGCAACUGAGCAGACAGUCAGCUAGCCAGUCAGUUAGUUGGUUAGUUUGUAGCUUAAUCUGUUAUUUAUUUGGACAGUCAGUCAGUUGGUUAGUUGGUCAUAGAGUGUUCAGUGAAUUUGCUGAAUUCAGUCAGCGAAUUAAGCAUCCAGACAGUCAGUAAGGCAGAGCCAUUAAACCAGUCAUCCAUCCGUCCCUCCAGUCAGGCAGCGAGUCAGCUGGCCACUGAGGGGAGUGGCUGUCUUCUGCUGCCUCCAGCUGAAUGGUAGUCAGUCAUCCAGCCUCCCACUCAGUGCUUCCGUCCGUCCGUCAGUCGGUGGGUGUAGAUGCGGGGCUGCCGGUCAGCUGCUCUGGACGGCUCGUAUCUCCCUCAGGAUCUCACACCGUUGAACCAGCUGAGGAGCCACUGAGAGGUUUAUUGCAGUCAUCACUAUGACUGAUGGGGAUUAUGACUACCUUAUAAAGCUCCUUGCCCUGGGGGACUCCGGCGUGGGGAAGACCACCUUCCUCUACCGAUACACAGACAACAAGUUCAACCCCAAGUUCAUUACCACAGUGGGCAUCGACUUCAGGGAAAAGAGAGUGAUGUACACAGCAACCAAUGGGACAACCACAGGGAAGACCUUUAAGGUCCACCUUCAGCUCUGGGACACAGCUGGACAGGAGAGGUUCCGCAGCCUGACAACGGCGUUCUUCAGGGACGCCAUGGGGUUCCUGCUGAUGUUUGACCUCACCAGCCAGCAGAGCUUCCUCAACGUCAGAAACUGGAUGAGCCAGCUACAGGCCAAUGCCUACUGUGAGAAUCCAGAUAUAGUGCUGGUCGGAAACAAGGCGGAUCUGGCCGACCAGCGGGAGGUUCAAGAGAAACAGGCCAAGGAGCUGGCUGACAAAUACGGAAUCCCGUACUUUGAGACGAGUGCAGCGACGGGAGCGGAGGUGGACAAGUCGGUGAUAACCCUGUUGGACCUGGUCAUGAAGAGGAUGGAGCAGUGCGUCGACAAACCGCCCGCCGAGCCAGCAAAUGGAAACGGCGCCACAAAGCUCGCCGACGUGCAGACCAGUGAGAAGAAAUGUGCAUGCUAGAUGAAGAGGCGGUCCGGGAAACGACCAGUCAGCGCUCCUCUGUCGUCCGUCCUUCUACCCGCCACAUUCCCUCCUUCUUUUACUCUCUCUGUCAUCUUUGAUUGCAUGUCUGUUUUGUCACUCUGCUCUUUAAACCUAACCUGAACCAUCUUCUGCUCCUCUUCUCUCUCCCUUUAUUUUUCCUCCUCCUUUCCCAGCUGUCUGCCAGUCUUGCAAUGAAGCAACCAUGUCCCCCUCUAGUGGAUCUUCAAGUUAAUGCAGUCUCAGCCUGUCUGCCUUUUAACUCUGUCCAGGAGGAAAUUAGAACAGGAGGGUACAGUUUCAUCACUGUCAGAUACAUAAUGUGCCUCAGUUAAAACAUGCAGCCUGGGACCUAAACUCUGCACGCUCCCAAUUUCUCUGCUCACAACUGGUUUGAAUGAUUUAAACGGAUCUAAACAGGCAAAAAGAGAUUUAAAAAUUUAAUCCAAUCUCUUUUAAAGUCUGAUCUGCUCAUCACCUCGUAACAAGGGAAAGGUCUUGCUUCCUGCUGAACCUGUCAUCUGGUGUCCGCUUAAUCUGGGCCACGAAGAGUUUAACAUCAGGCUGUGUGUUUGUGUAAAUGAAGUCAUGGUCCGCUCCUGAAACCUUUCCUCCCGAGCAACCGGGCUGAGCAGCUGCGUGGCCAGCGCGUUUUCAUUUUUAUUUUCCUCUGUUCCACCCUGCACAUUUCCCAACGCUCCGCCCAUAUUAGCCACACGCGGUCAUUUUUCAGUGUUUCAAGCUGUCGUAAAAAUUGUGUAAUUAGCUGUGGUGUCAUGGUGGAGGUCUGUGACACCUGAGUGAGCGGCUGUUCACAGAUUACAGCAGCAUCCAACCUGCCUGCCUACCGUGAUGUCCGCUCUGGUUCAGAUUGAUCAGUGAUUGUUUGCCUGUGACGCUAAUGUCAGCUUGUUAGCUUCUGUUGCUAACUUUAGGAUACAGCACAAUGGCCUGUGGCAGUAAAUAUUAGGGCCUACAUUAAACUUUAUUUAGUAACAAUGAAUAAAGAUACAGGACACAGAGAUACCCGUGACCCUUGGUCAGAGCAGAUUAUUCUGAUAAUGGUCAUUAGCUAACUAGUUAUGUCGUCAUAUUUUCCAUCAACACGCAUGAUAAAUUGAAUAUUUGUGCGCACACCCGUGAGAACAGGCUGUCCAUCACCAUAGUACAAGCUCCGCUAACCAUCACUGACUGCUUGUUAGCACAUCCGACAACGAAUUUGAAGCUGGCUAGCUACAAAGGAGGUAAUGUGAGGUUAUCAGUGUUAGCAGUGUUAGCAUGUGGCAUGCUAAUAUUGCCAAAAGCAGCUGAUUUCAGUGCAGAGUAUAGACAGUUUAACUUUCAUCUGGAAAUAAAUACAGACGCAUUAGCUCUUCCUGUUCUAGGUUGUUCUGUUGCUGCUUUCUACGCCAACAAAACAAAACCAAAACAAUAACAUGCCGUAAGUUAAGCUAACGUAACAUUCCUUUUUUUUCCAUUCAAGAGCAUUGGUUGCACUGAUGAUAUUGGACACGUUGUAAUUUUGCUAAGUAUAUACUGUACACUAUUUAUCUUUCUCAGCCCUAACUCGGGACUGUUCACUGAAAACUGAACAGACGGACAGACACUAAAAGGCUUCAGCUAGCUCUCUGUUAGCAGCCCGGUUGGUUAUCCUUUGCUCUUGCACAGCUGGUUCUCCUUCAGACCUCCAUGAUGGUUCCAGACUCGGCUGAUUUCGGAUUUGCAGACAGCACGCCAUUCAUAAUGUAAGACGGAUAUGGGUAUAGCAUGGCACAUGUGAGAAAAAAAACCCUCCAUUGUAUGUCAUUAAUAGUGUCCUAGACCAGGAUUAACGUAUUGUUCCUGAUACGUAUACUGCCUUGGCUUGUUAAGCGUUAUUCCACUGUGACGGAACAGACUUCCAUCUCUGUGAGAGUUUGAGAUCGGUCAGCUACAAACAUCAGCUGCUCUGUGGGUGCAAUGUCACCAUGACAGAAAAUUUUAUGAUAAUGGCUAUUUUACAGACACAACAAACACGGUAUGUACUUUUCAAUGCAUAUGCAUUGGAAAAAAGUUAAAUUAAUUUGUCAAAGGAGAAGAUAAUUAUAUGUAAUAAGCAUCAUCAUGAAAAUAGACCUUUAUGAGGAAACGUCAGCUGGGAGACGUCGGUGUUUCAGAGCAGCUGAUGUUCGAUGUUGACCUCUCAUCUCUUUAUAACAGACAGUGAAAUAUCGCCUUAAGGCCCCAUUCAUGACCAAUGUUGUUCGCAUAUAACGUGACCAAUUAUUUAUAUUAAAAGAAGUGUAAAACAUAGUUUAUUAUUUGUGUUGCCAUAUUUUUGAUUUGUUCUUUAUAUCUGAUGCUCCCAUUUGCUUUGCUUUUUUCAUUUUCACGCCGUCCAGAGAGAAAAUCUCUUCUUAUUUUUUCAUUGCUGUAGUGCUCUUAAGAUCACUUGUCAAAUUAACCUGAAAAUUACAAUUUAUCAAUAAAACACACUCUAACAUGAAGAAAAUGCACUAUUAUAAACUCUUGAAGAAUUAGAGUAGAACUUUUUUUCUUUGCUCUGAGUUGACUUUUUGGUUUCACAUGUGAAAUGACUGUGGACCAAAUUUUUUACUUUCUAAAACUUGGGUUUUGUUGCUUAACACUAUAUUUGCUUUUUUGCACCAUUUAACAGUAGAGCAGUAGAAAUCCAGCAGAAAACAUAAUCACAUGAGGUUAUCAGUUUAAAAGGCUGCAUAUUUAGCUUGAGCACAGCAAAAAACAUUAGUCUUUAAAAGCAUUUUAGAAGUAAUUUAACAAUCAAAAAUCAGAGUCCAAGAUGAUCUCUUUUGUUUUAAGUGCAGCUCAACGGUUUUCUUUAUAUCAAGUAACACCUUGAUCUGCCUUACUUCAUGAAAAAUGUUGAACCACGUUGAGGUGCACCAGAAACAAGGGGAAUUAUCUUUUUGGGUGCCGCCUGCUGGCAUUUAAAUCCUAAUUUUGUCCUUCAGCGAGGCGAGGGACGGGUUCAGUCCCAGCUCACAGCUGCAGGCUGGUUUCCAAAGUGCACUGAAUCCACUGGCUGCCAAAUGGAUCAACAGUAAUGUUAAGUAUACUGUGUGUGAGGCUUGUUAAUGGCAAAACACUGCUGUGGCCAUUUUAAAGAUUCUAAAAAUCAAUUUUUCAGUUAUAUUUUCAGUAUGGAUCCCUCUUGACCUCUCCUAAGUGAAAGCACCACAGAGCUUUACCUUUUAAUCAGCCAGUGUGCCAAAUGAAAAAAGGAAAUGACACAAACCCAAACCUCAUUCUGCCGUUCACUCAGACAAAAACCGCCCGCACACUUUCUAGAAAUGGGUUUUUAGACUCAACGUAAGGAGACGGCUCACACUGUAACAUUCUCUCCCGGUGGCUUAGCAGCAGAAUUAUUAGAAUGUUCCCAGAAAAUACUGCAUCUCUAGGUUUUGUUGCACUGUUUCAGCUGAUCUCGCCUUUUUUGGUUCAAAUAUUUAGAUUUUAUCUUUUAUUUUGGCCUCAAGUGAUUCAAUCAUAAUGUACAAGUACAUAUUUCUAAAUCCUUAGAGAAGCAGAGUGGUGAAAUCCUCUUAGCACAUGUUUUAUUUUUAUUUUGUUGGUUUCCUUUGCUCCAACUUUUUUUUUCAUGAAGGAAAAAAAAAAUUGAAGAAAAGUUUGACCACUUGGGGGCAGCGGAACAAGCUGAAAACACAGCAUUGACAUAUUAACCUCUUAUUAAGUUGUAGACAGAGUGAUAUUUUCAUUCCAUUGGAGCAGAGUUUGUGUCCACCGGAUCGAUUCAUUUCCAAUAUUUACGCUCCUGUUAGCUCCAUUUUGGUCUCCACCAACUCCUGAGAAAAAUAUGUGGCUGGUAACUGUGUCAGCUGUUUGGUGCUGGACAGGAAGUGGUUGGUGAGGCUGAACCGUACACUAAAUAUGCCGUAAAACCAAAACAGUGAGCUAAAUGAGGCUAAAAAGCUCUGUAUCGUGCUGCGUAGUUCUCCAUAGGUUCAUGAGUGUCACUUCUCUCGCAUUACACAACCUAUAAUGUCUGUAAAAAUAUGAAUCAUUACAGCUGACUCAUACGUGUGUUUUCAAAAGAUUACUAAGUGUUGAUUUCAUUCAAGCCACUAAUCAGGUGUGUAACUCCUCAGUUUCUCAAAAGUUUCCAUAUCUUUGGCAAAAGUUUCCUCUUUUCUUGAAGAAAAAAUGGCUGGUUGUCCAUAAAUGCUCAUUUUGGUUUGAAAAAAAAAAACUUUGUUUCUUUAGUUACUUUAAUCUUAAUUUCUUUUUUAUUGUUAUUCAAAAUAAGAUGAAUCAGAUCAGAUCAAAUAAAACACAGGAAGAAAAUGAACUCAAAUAAAAAGCUUCAGCAGCACCAAGUGAAAGGUGGUGUAGUUAGCAUUUGAGCCCUCAGCUCGAUGGACGAGUGAACGUCUUGAACCAAUGCCUUUUAAUCGAGACAAUCCUCUGAAGCAGUUUGUCCGCUUUUAUCUCAGCCUUUCUCUUUAUGUUGCUCGUUAUAUUUCCUCCAAUUUGAUUGAAACUCUGAGAAAACGUUUGAUGCCUUUUUGCUUAACUUCAGUAUUCAGUUGUGCCACAUCUGACAUCUGCUGACGUCACAUUUCCGUUCACUGUAUUGAGUCUGGUUUUCUCUUUGGGAAGUCUUACUCGGCUUCGGUCGAUUUUGAAUUCACUUUGAAAGUUUACACUGUUUGAAGAGUCAUGUUGUGCCUGCUAUGAACUCUUCUGUCUUAUCCUCUGUAAAGUUUGUGAGCUACUAAAUAUUUUAAUGCAUUGUCGAUUAUAGAUCACAGGCAGAGGCAAAAGAGACCAGGAGUCAUCAUGUUGUUUUUGUGCCCGAUAUAUCAAAUCAACUAAUCAAUCCAAGUACCUCUCAGAGCUUUUAUUUUUGGAAAUCCUCUUUGUGAGUUCUCUCUGAUGCCUGCGGUUUGGACACGUUCCUUCAGUUUUCACUGCGUGUAUCGAUGCCUGUGUGUUUGUUGGGUUUGUUGCACCGUCAGCAUGUUUGACACAACGAGAAUGAAAUGACCUGUGAUGCGAUUAAUGUUUCUGAUGUCAGAGCUGCAAAUAAACCUGUGUUUGUUUUAUUCUGUGAGUUUUGUUUUUCCAGAAGAGUUUGCUUUGGUUUUGGUUUGAUGCGGGUAUUAAUGGCUGCGUUGUCGUGAGAAAAAUUAAGAAAUGUUAAAAGCGUCUCUUUGGUUGGCGAGUCUGCGAGCAGUGACAGCGCGGCGUUUCUUGGCGAGACGUUCACAGACACUCCGUCCAAAAACAAAGCAUUCAUUUGUUUCUGUUUUCAGCAUUCAGGUCUUGAGUCUCUUAAUUAUACAGCAUGUAUACAGUAUUUAUUGAUGCUUUAAGUCAUCUGGAAGGAAAGUUGUAUUAUCAGAGGCACUGCAGCAAAUUCAGGGAAUAUUUGCAAUGAAAGUAAGUCCUAGAUCUUAGAUAAAAGUCUUCAUAUAUUAAUAUCGCAGUGAGCUUAUAUUUAAAUAUUUUAAGUAAAUGGCAAAAAUGUAGACAAGACAAAGUACAGCAACACUUCUGAAUGGUUGCUACUUACUCGACUUGACUCGAACAAUAGCCAUUGUUGGGUAAAUUAUUCCAAUAUGCGCAUUAGAAAAUUAAUUUUCAUCCAUGGGCUCCAGUGUUUCCCCUCUGGAAGCUAGCUACUAGCAUUAGCAUGCUAGUAGUUAGCACUAACAUUUAACACUUGCAAAAGCAUAUUUGUUGGCAUGCUUCCAUCAUAGCUAAGGCUGAUAUUUUAGCAUUUAAACAGACAGACAGUUUCAUAGAACCAGGAAUCGUAAAAGACCAAACAGAGUCAAGUGUCUGUGCUUCAGGUCAGGAACGCCACGCUGCCGCAAUGACUAUCAGACCGUCAACUGCCAAAAAAUCCUCCGUUAGCAAAGCCGUGCUCAUCUGGCACCUGCUCAAUGUGGGAUUAAGCAAACCAAACACAAAGUUUUAUUUGGGAAAAAUACUCGUCAGUAAAGUAUUUGCAAUGACUUUAAACAUUGUUUCAGUGCUUUUAGCACAUUUUAUGAAGUAUGAAUUUAAUACCUGUGUUUUUGAUGAAGCUGAUGUGCUGAAGUGCCACUUUAAGUAAAAAUAUUAGGAUGCAUUUGCUCAUGACAGCUGUAAAAUGUAUAAAAACAAACAAAAAAACAGAUGGCUUUUUGGUUUUGAAAGUGUUAUAAACUGGAACUGAACUUGUGUGUUUUGUAUCUUUGUAGAGUCAGUUGUUUGCAUUUUCUCUAGCCGAAGCAUUUGUUAUAGAUGAUGAUUGAUCGACUUUGCAGUCAAUUUAUCCAGACAUUGUGAGAUCUGACAGCUGAUUAAAGAUG